AUGGAUGGGACAAAAUCAGAUGUUUCGGAGAGACCGCCAAUCGCAGCCCACCCAGAGACGGCGCCGGUUCCAAAGUGUGAGAGCGGCGAGUUACGGGCUGAGAGAACCGACCUAGCCUGCGCCUCCAAGAGUCCCAGCGAUCGGCUGCUUCCCCCCUCCGCCCCGGAGAGCCUUGGCUGUGGCGGCGCCAGCUACCCCGGCCCCUCCGUGUGCCCUCUCGGCCCGGCCAAGCGCCCCAGCCGGGAGCUGGGCGUCGGCGCCGCGGGGCAGGUGCCUGGCGGAGGGGGACAAGCCAAGGGCACUGCCGAGGAGGGCGAGAUCUGGUACAACCCCAUCCCGGAGGACCUGGACCUUGUGCGGGUGCCUCGAAGGCCGGAGCCCAGCCGGGCGCAGUGGUACGUGGAGGUGCCCGGCCCAGCAGACGGCCCGAGGAAGCCCGGCUGUGUUGUGACCGUGCCGGGCGGCAACGAAGCGACAGCGCUGGAGCAGCCGGCGGCGAGACACGCUUCCAAGCCUUCGCCCCCAAACGCCCACAGGACUUCCACCUCGACGCCAGCCGCUGGGGUAUCCUGGAGCGGGUACCAGGCAGGCGCCGCUGCACAGAAAGCUGAACCGUCAGAGGGGGCGGCGGACCCCCGGACGGAGAGCGGCCGGACGCCGCCGGCCAGCCCCAGGCCCUCCAAGAAGAGCGCGGCGGCCCACCGCUCCCUGUCGGACCGUGUCAAGUCCCCCGGCACGGUCCGAAGGCUGUCCAUGAAAAUGAAGAAGCUGCCGGAGCUGAGGCGCAAGCUGAGCCUGAGAGGGACCUCGCGCUCCAGUCGCCACGACAAAGAGGGCGGAGGGGGGGCCCUGGAGAGCACCCGGCCGGGACCAAGUGGGAGGGCCUCCCCUCCCCCGCCCCUCUCCCCCUCCCCUUCCUCUCCCAGCAUGCCGCUGCCCGUCUCCAACGUCAUCUGCCGUUACCACCUAGACAGCAGCGUGUUGUCCCGCGGGAGCAGCUGCCAGCGGAAGAAGCAGCGGAGCUCGAGGGCCCUGGGCAAGGGCGGCUACCUGAGCGACGGGGACUCGCCGGAACUGGUCGCCAAGGCGGGGAAGCCCGAUGGUGGCCCCUGGUGCAGGGAAAAGGAGGGCGCCGGCGGCGGCUGCCAGCUGCCGGCCGGCGCCAAGCUGGACACGGGGGCCUUCCGGCCCUAUGGGGGCAGGGAGCAGCCGCGCUGCCUGCAGUACCUCUCGGGCCUGAUCAACGUCCGGCUCUACGGCAUCGAAGGCGUCAAGCUGCCCCGGGCCGGCCUGAGGGACAUCUUCUGCGCCAUCCAGGUGGACUCGGUCAGCAAGGCUCGCACCGCCAUGCUGACCUGCCAGGACCCCUUCCUCAGCCUGGACCACACCUUCAACAUCGAGCUGGAGCACUCCCAGCAGCUCAAGCUCCUGGUCUUCAGCUGGGACCCCGGCUCCUCUCGCAACCGCGUUUGCUGCCAUGGGACUGCUGUGCUGCCUCCACUCUUCAAAGGUGCCCGCACACACCAGCUCGCCAUGAAGCUGGAACCUCGCGGAGUCCUCUACCUGAAGGUGUCGCUGGUGGAGUUGUGGGAAGUCCCCCUGUGCUGUGCCGAGGAUCAGCAGGAGCCCAGGGUCUUCAGGAUGGAGCUCGACGAGUUGGUGGAGCGGGAGAAUUCCGGAGCCCCUGUCCCGCUGCUGAUCCAGAAGUGCGUCUCCGAGAUUGAGAACCGGGGCCUAAAGGCGGUGGGCCUCUACCGUCUCUGUGGUUCAGCCGCUGUGAAGAAAGAGCUGCGGGACUCCUUUGAGCGCGACAGCGCCUCUGUGAACCUCUCCGAGGAAAUCUACCCUGACAUCAACGUUAUCACAGGCAUCCUCAAGGACUACCUUCGGGAGCUCCCGUCUCCCCUCAUCACAAAGAUGCUCUACGAAGUGGUGCUGGAGGCCAUGGCCAAGUGGCCCUUGAAGAUGACUAUGGGCGUACCAGAUGCCAGUCAAAGUCCCGCUAACACAGUGGCUCUGCUCGACUGCCUACCUGAGGCUGAGAAGGCCACUCUAACCCUGCUCCUUGACCAUCUCAGCCUGGUGGCCUCGCUACAAGAGUCUAACAAGAUGACGUGUCAGAACCUGGCUGUGUGCUUUGGGCCAGUCCUCCUCAGUCAGAAGCAGGAGACCUCACAGCCAGGUGCCCGCACUUUCCCUCACUCCAGGGACUUCGCCAGUGCCCUGGACUUCAAGAGGCACAUUGAGGUUUUACACUACCUGCUGCAGCUGUGGCCCAGCGACCGAAUCCAAGCCAAGCGGGACAGGUCCUUGGAGCAGCCGCGGCCAGCCGGCUGCCUGCGCUCGAGGCACCAGCCGCUGAGCCUGCCACCCCCCACCGCUGCUGCCGAGGAGGUGGUGUGCCGGACUCGCGUGGGGCGCGCCCCCAGCUGCUCCCGGAACCGCCACGCCGGUGACUGGAGCAGCUGCGGCCGGAGCUACCUGGGGCCCGGCAGGGAGCUGGAGCCGGCCGAUCGCGGCCAGGUGCCCGCGCUGGGCUUGGGCCUUCUGGACGCGCGGGAGCCCGGCGACCGGCAAGACGGAGGCUCCUAUCCCGACCGGGGACAAGAUGGCGGCGCCGGCGAGCUUGACUUCGAGUCGGCCCUCGCCGGGCGGGCGAAGGACUUCGACAGCCUGAUCGCCGAUAUCGAGCGGGAGCUGGCAAAGAAGAUCAUCUUCCUCUAAGGCUCCAGCCAGGUCGCCGGCGACUCUAACCAGCGCGGCACGGUGCCCUCCCUGCCUGUGCCAAGGCCCAGGUGACUCUGGCCCGCAACAGACAUGAGGCAGCCCGGGCGCCAUGUCCGAUGGAAGCUCUUCAAACUCUUAGUCACCAAACCCGCUUGUGCAAUUCCACCUCCCCCUCCCCUCACCCACCCACACCCCCACCCCCCCUCCGUGCAAUAUGUGGAUGGUGAGGGUCUUGCCUGGCAAGCCCUGGCCUUUGGAUUUUGUGCCGAUUCGAGUGAAUUGGGUGCUUACGGGUCAGCCCAGCAUUUCCACCCGGAUUGUCCAACCUGCCUGUACCCAGAAAAUCCUGGUGGGCCGCAACCUUCAC